UGCCCCAGCCCCGCACCGGCCUGCCCACCAGCGGCCGCGGGCGGCGGCCCCGACCCGCCCGGCCGGGCCCUCCCCGGGGGAGGGCGCUCGGGGGCCGCGGUCCCGCCGGCAGCGCCCGCCAUGUUUCCCGGCAGCCCGCCCUGCUCGCCGCCAGCCUGAGCUCCCGGCGGCCGGCCCGGCCCGGCCCGGCCCGCCGGCCGCCUCCGCCGCCGGGACGCUCAGAAUUCGAAGCGGCUCCCGGAGGCUCGUCCGUGCGGGAUCCGCCGGGUCUGAUCCGCGCGGCGCCGGCUGCGGGCGCACCGAGGUCGGGCUGGGGAGGAUCCCCGGCCUGGGGAUGGGAACGCCGGCCUGAGCUCUGCAAGGGGAGCCGGGAGCGGUUUGUAUCGCCCAGCUGAGGACAAGGAGGAGUAAACCAGAGCUGGUCCACCUCACCCGCAGCAGCGCUCCCGGGACGCCCGGGGCCUUGGAGCAGCGAGGAUGGCUCAGGAGACGAACCAGACGCAGGUGCCUCUGCUGUGCACCACGGGCUGCGGAUUUUACGGCAGCCCCCGCACCAACGGGAUGUGCUCCGUUUGCUAUAAGGAGUUCCUGCAGAGGCAGCAGAGCAGUGACCGGAUAAGUCCCGCAGCAUCCGGUGGUCCCAGCAGCAGCCCCAUGGCUUCGGAUGCAGUUGCGGGGCAGCGCGCCGAGGGAGACGCCGUGCCUGAGGAUGCGAAGGCCAGUGGGCAGACCCCUGUGACUCACCAGAUGACGGCCAUGAGCAUAUCCAGAGAUGAAAACGGCGGCGAGACAGAAGAAUCGAUCAAGACUGAAGAAGCUUCAUCAGCAUCUUCCUCAUCAGGUGCGCUGCUUGAAAUAUCCCAGAACACAGCUGAGGUCAAGACAGCUUCAGAAAAACCGAAACAGAAGAAGAAUCGCUGUUUCACUUGCCGGAAGAAGAUAGGGCUGACUGGCUUCGACUGCCGCUGCGGGAACCUGUUCUGCGCCAUCCACCGGUACUCCGACAUGCACGCCUGCCCCUACGACUACAAGGCAGAAGCCGCCGAGAAGAUCCGUAAGGAAAACCCCAUCGUUAUCGCUGAGAAGAUCCAGAAGUUGUGAAGGGGGUUGAGCAGCUUGAACUGCAGCCAGGUCGCCUGGUGCUCCUCUCCUUCCUCCCAGCCGUCCUCCUCUUCCUCCCAGCCCCGUCGGGGUGUGACGGGGACUCCAGCACACACACAAACCAGCGCCUGGACGCGGGGACUCCUCGCACCCCUUUGGCUGACAGUUGUUGUUCCUCCCCUCCCUUCCUGCCUGUCCAACAGCCACAGCUCCGCUGAUCUGAUCUCCACCAGCUUCCCAAGGGAAAAAGGACCGUCCUGCCCCGCCGCGCCGUGUCGAGACCUUGGGACUUGUCUUCUGCUGGGGCGGUUUGGGCAGCAGGGCUCCGCCGCGCAGCCUUUCCCUUUGCCGGCAGCUCCGAGUCCGUGAACGGCUCCGGAGUUGCUGCUGCAGCCCGUGAGCUGCCGCUGGCCUCUGUUCCCCCCGCUGCACCGUCCCUUUGCGGCGGGCGUAAAACCGGGAGCUGGGGUGUCCUGGCAGCAAGGCUGCCCUCUGCCCCCCGAGAGCUGUUUGCUCUCAGAUGCAGAAGAGGGGAUUCUGUAGUUUUAAUGCCCCCAACGCCCCUCCCCUCCCUUCGAGACGCUGUUGUUGAAGCACCGGUCUAGUUAAGCAGCACAGCACCGGCACAGUAAAGUUAUUUUGUGGCUUGAAGCGACCUAGAUGUGCUCCAGCCGCAGGUCAGGACGCUAGGAGGGUACCGCUCUGCCUGCCAGGGUCACAGGGACACUCUGCUGUCCCCAGGGUCACCUCUGCAGCACCCUCCUGUGAUUCACUGUCCCACUCCCCAGGCGAGGUUUGGUGUAACCCCGCGGUGUCUGUACCUCUCCGCUCCUGCCUUCUGCCUUACACCCUUCCUUCUCAUCAGGGUUGUGCACAGAGCUCAGAUCGCCAAACCUCCGCGUCCUUUCCUGUCCCUGAUAUUUGGUGAGAACCUUUCUCCCCUAAGGAGCCCACGGGCUCAGGAAGCCCACCCUACCCCCGCCUCGCUGCUUUUCCCUGUGGGCCAGAUCCCCAGGAGAUGCUUCGCAAUCUGGAUACAGGGACCUGGGGCACGGGGAAAGGUACGUGGAGGGUCGCAGGGGGUGCAGAAAAUCACAAGGAGGGUGCUGGGGUGCCCAGAAGCACAGGUGGGGGCUUUCAGAAAAGCCCUUGGGGAGCCCUGGGGAGAAGGGAGAGUCCUGCCGGACUCAUGGCGUUCUCAGGAGGGCUCUGAGGUGCAAGGGAAGGCAAAAGGAGAGCUUUGGGGAGUACUGAACAUGCUCAGAGGACUCAAGCACCGCAAAACGCACCUGGGAGACUCUGAGGCACACGUGGAGGGCUCUGGGUGCAGGGAAAACCAAGUGCCGGCUCUGUAGCACUGCAGGAAAACCCCGGGGAGGACUCUGGGGCUGUUAGGAAGGAAAACAUGAGGCUCAGGCAUGUGGCACAAGGCAGGCGGGGUCUCCUGGGGGUGCCAAAAGCCGCCUCUGCAGUGCGCAGGGUCUGUGCCCACCCCGGGGCUCUCCUCUCUUCCCUGGGAACGCCGGCAGCGCGGCUGUAGCCGUGGGGCUCCCGGAGAUCCCGCAAACACGGAAAUCCUGGGAGAGAGGCAGCGGCCUCUGCCCCGCUCCGGCUGCCCCACGCCGGGGAAGCGUUGCCCUCGGUGCGAGGGCGUUGGAGAGCGGAGCCGCAGGGGCUAAACAAGCAGCCGGGGGAAUCGCGGCACCUCCUUCCACAUGUAGUUUCCACCCUUGUUCUGUCCCAGUGCUUGUGUGGGAUUAUCACGGAGGUUUAGCUUGUCCUGAUUUCGGCCAAAGCCGUGUGCCCUGCGGCAGGAACCGUCGUACCGCAUCGCCGGGAGGAUUCGGACCUCCAGCGUGAUGCAAAUCCGCCGCCAGCACGGAGCAGAGGGAGUCUGGCUCCCACCAGCCGUUUCCUCAGGUUUUCCCUUCUGUGUCACAUCAGAGCACGCGAGUGAACGUACAUUUGAGUGCCAGGAUGCGCCGGGGCCGUAAGCGCGGUGCCGAUGUGCCUGGCAAGGUUGGGUUUUGCGAUGGAGGUUUUCGCUGAGCACGAGCUGUCACUCUCGGGGAGAAGCCGUGAGAAGUUGUGACCACCCCUCGCCUUGGCACGGCGGUCGUGGUCCCCGGGGUGGGGAAGCAGCUCCCACGAUGUGACGGAAAGCCCACGCGGCGAAAGGGCGGCCACCUGCUUCUCCAUCACAUACCUUUUCCCUUUUAUUUCCUUCUCUCUUAGGAAGUGUAAAUAUUAAUACAGUCUAGUUUGCUUGGA